UAUGAUAACUUAUUCAGCUAGCCAUCCUCUCCAGCGAGAUGUUUUUGGCAGUUCUCCACUACGCUUUGGUUGAUCGUCGUCGUCGCACUCCAACAACCACAGGCACGUUGCGCGCACAGAUGACGUAAGCACCGCUUGAUCUACUGAAAACACUGGAGCGUUUACUGGCAUCAGAAAAAGCACAGCCAUGAACUGGAACAAAGGUGGUCCGGGUGUGAAGCGAGGGUUUGGGUUUGGAGGUUUUUCCCUUGCAGGGCGAAAAGAAGAACCCAGCCUUCCUCAGAAAUCUCACACAACAUUUGGAGGACCUCCAGGAUCAAGUGGAUAUGGGAGGGGCCAGCAGCUCCCAUCGUUCUACAAAAUAGGGACAAAAAGAGCUAAUUUUGAUGAGGAAAAUGCGUAUUUUGAAGAUGAUGAGGAGGAAUCCAGCAGCAAUGUGGAUCUGCCGUACAUCCCAGCUGAGAACUCACCCACACGGCAGCAGAUGCAGUCUGGUGGUGGGUCAGACAGUGAAGAUGACCCACUGGAUGCCUUCAUGGCAGAGGUUGAGGACCAAGCAGCUAAAGACAUGAGGAAACUGGAGGAAAAGGAAAAGGAGAAAAAGUCAGCCAAGGGUAUUCGUGAUGACAUUGAAGAAGAAGAUGAACAAGAAGCCUACUUUCGCUACAUGGCAGAGAAUCCCACAGCCGGGCUGACCCUGGAGGAAGAGGAUGAAAACAUUGACUAUGACAGUGAUGGUAACCCAAUCGCCUCUACUACCAAGAAAAUAAUCUUGCCGCUUCCUCCCAUUGACCACUCCGAGAUUGAUUACCCACCCUUUGAGAAAAACUUCUACAAUGAGCAUGAAGAGGUCAGCAACUUGACUGGAACCCAAGUGUUAGAGUUAAGGCACAAAUUGAACCUACGGGUAUCUGGUGCUGCCCCUCCAAAACCUUGCACUAGCUUUGCCCACUUCAACUUUGAUGAGCAACUAAUGCACCAAAUCCGCAAGUCUGAGUACACUCAGCCCACACCGAUUCAGUGCCAGGGUGUGCCCAUAGCUCUGUCUGGACGUGACAUGAUUGGUAUUGCAAAAACUGGCAGUGGCAAAACUGCAGCUUUUAUCUGGCCCAUGCUGGUUCACAUCAUGGACCAAAAGGAACUGGAGGCAGGAGAAGGGCCCAUCGCCAUCAUUGUGUGUCCCACCAGAGAGCUUUGUCAGCAGAUCCAUGCAGAAUGUAAGCGUUUUGGGAAAGCCUACUCUUUGCGUUCUGUGGCGGUUUAUGGAGGAGGCAGCAUGUGGGAGCAGGCCAAAGCUCUGCAGGAGGGAGCCGAGAUUGUGGUGUGCACUCCGGGUCGUCUGAUUGACCACGUUAAGAAGAAGGCCACGUCCCUGCAGAGAGUGUCAUAUCUGGUGUUUGAUGAGGCAGAUCGCAUGUUUGAUAUGGGCUUUGAAUAUCAGGUUAGAUCUGUUGCUAGCCAUGUCCGCCCAGACAGACAGACCCUUCUGUUUAGCGCUACUUUCCGAAAGAAGAUAGAGAGACUGGCCAGAGACAUCUUGGUAGAUCCUAUUCGUGUGGUGCAGGGAGACAUCGGAGAGGCCAAUGAGGAUGUCACCCAGAUGGUGGAGAUGCUGCCCAGCUCGACAGAUAAAUGGGGAUGGCUGACUCGGCGGCUGGUCGAGUUCACCUCCUCCGGCUCAGUUCUUAUCUUUGUUACCAAGAAGGCAAACUGUGAGGAACUGGCUACUAAUCUGACCCAGGAGGGCUACAGCCUGGGCCUACUACACGGAGACAUGGACCAGAGUGAGAGGAACAAGGUCAUCAGCGACUUCAAGAAGCAGAAUUUGCCUGUUCUGGUGGCCACUGAUGUAGCUGCUCGUGGUCUGGACAUCCCAUCCAUUCGCACAGUGGUGAACUACGACGUGGCACGAGACAUCGACACGCACACACACAGGAUUGGUCGAACUGGUCGCGCUGGUGAGAAGGGUGUCGCUUACACUCUCCUCACCAACAAAGACACCACAUUUGCUGGUGACCUCGUGAGAAAUCUAGAGGGAGCUAAUCAAGCCGUUUCCAAAGAACUGAUGGAUUUAGCCAUGCAGAAUCCCUGGUUCAGGAAAUCCCGAUUCAAGGGUGGUAAAGGAAAAAAGAUGAAUAUUGGUGGAGGUGGUCUUGGUUACAGAGAGAGACCAGGCCUGGGGGCUGAAAGUUCUGAACGCAGCAGCAGCUUGUUGUCUUCCACUAGUAACUUUGAAGGUUACAGCAAACCAGCCACUGGGGCUAUGGGAGAUCGCAUGUCUGCGAUGAAACAAGCCUUCCAGGCUCAGUAUAAAAGCCACUUUGUGGCUGCGUCCAGCGGCCCUCCAAAGCUCACCACCAAGUCUAAUAGCUCGUCGUGCUGGACCAGUGCCGGCAGCCUGAGCUCUGUGCCGACUGAGUCCCCCAACAGUUCAGAAAGGUCCCAGAGCGCCGCCUUGUCCAUGUCUGGCUUCACCAGCGCUGGCUCCCUGAGCUCUGUGCCCACCAGUCAAACCAGUUCACAGCCGAGCUACCCUCCGCCUGCACCUCCCCCACAGAGAGACAUCCCACGAGACAGACACGGGGAGGACCGAGGGCGCCACGAUAGUUACCACCGCCACAGCGACAGGAGCGAUCGACACAGUGGAGAGGAUCGCUAUGGAGACCGGGAUCGGCAUGGAGACGGAGACCAGGAUCGGCAUGGAGACGGAGACCGGGAUCGCUAUGGCGACAGAGAUCGUGACCGCCACGGGGACCGGGACCGCUACAGCAGCAGCAGCCGCCACAGCGAUAGUCGCAACGGUGAUGCGAGCAAGAGGGACAGAGAUGACCGGAGGAGUGAGAGGGAUGGGGGAGACAGGGGGAAUGGGGAGGGCAGGGACAGAGGAGAUGAUAGCUUUGCUGUCCCUGAACCACCAAAGCGUAGAAAGAGCAGGUGGGACAACUGAAGAAAAUAAAAUAAACCCAUCAAUAGAAUAAUAUGUGCAACCAACUGCUCGAUGAUGAGCUUGUCUGUUGUGUAGGCAGAUAGCAGAGCAUAUCAGAGGCGGACAAAAGCACAGGACUGUAGGGGGAAUUUUGUGGACUUAUUUCAAAUAAUAGUGUACUGACGCUUCUGUCAGGUUGGUUAGGACCUCAUGAUUUGGUCAGCGCUCAACAGAGUGUGUCAGACAGAUAAACACAAACAGCUCAGAGACGGUCACUGUACAUAUAGGACAUGUUGGUUUUUGCUUUGUUUCCCAUCACUGAGCUCCUAACAUUAUUUUGUGCUUGCAAACCUGAAGCUUUAUUUUUGCCAAGUGUGUUUGUGUGUUUGCAUUUUGUUAAUCUAAAAAACUAACUUGUAACUUCACAGUCACACACGUACACGUUUAAACUAUGUAUAGCUCUUUUUGUGUCUUGUAUUCAAGUUCUAGUGAAGUGCCUUUCUUUGGCAUUUAGUCUGUCUAUGCUUUUGAAAUGUUUUUCAAGAAGAUGCAUUUGUUUGUAUGAGAGGAAGUGUUCAAACAUGGAAAAUGUGAUAUUUUGAUUAAAAGACUCCUUUGGCAUCUA